CGACAAAGUGUUUUAUCGAUACCUAACUAACCUACGGUUAUCCAACCCUAUCCUUUAUCAAACGAAAUUACGAAACGUCAAGUCAAACCAAACAAGAAAAAACCCAAAUUCCUAUAACGUUCUGCUCAGAAGUUUGAAAAGAUGGCUCCAAAUAUAUCGGAAGACGUGAAUGGAGUGCUCUUUGAGAGCGACGCAGCUACUCCAGAUCUGGCGCUUGCCAGACCUCCAGUCCAAAAAGCCGACAACAAACCGAAGCAACUGGUGUGGAGGAAUAUCAUAUUGUUUGCAUAUCUUCACUUAGCAGCUCUGUACGGUGGUUACUUGUUUCUCUUCUCCGCGAAAUGGCAAACAGAUAUUUUUGCCUACAUCUUGUAUGUGAUAUCGGGACUGGGAAUCACGGCUGGAGCACAUCGCUUGUGGGCCCACAAGUCUUACAAAGCUAAAUGGCCACUGAAGGUGAUCCUGAUCAUUUUCAACACUGUCGCCUUUCAGGAUGCGGCUAUGGACUGGGCACGCGACCACCGCAUGCAUCACAAGUACUCGGAGACCGACGCUGAUCCUCACAACGCGACCCGUGGCUUCUUCUUCUCCCACAUCGGCUGGCUGCUCGUCAGGAAGCAUCCAGACCUCAAGGAAAAGGGCAAAGGACUUGACAUGAGCGACUUGCUUGCUGAUCCCAUACUUAGAUUCCAGAAAAAGUACUAUCUGGUCCUGAUGCCUCUAGCAUGCUUCGUUAUGCCUACAAUGAUUCCUGUGUACCUGUGGGGUGAAACCUGGACCAAUGCUUUCUUCGUGGCUGCCAUGUUCCGUUACGCAUUCAUCCUGAACGUGACGUGGCUCGUCAACUCCGCUGCCCACAAGUGGGGAGACAAACCUUACGACAAAAGCAUCAAGCCCUCUGAGAACAUGUCGGUAGCUAUGUUCGCGCUCGGUGAAGGUUUCCAUAACUACCACCACACCUUCCCCUGGGACUACAAAACUGCUGAGCUCGGUAACAACAAACUCAACUUCACCACAGCCUUCAUAAAUUUCUUUGCCAAAAUCGGCUGGGCCUACGACAUGAAAACUGUGUCUGAUGACAUCGUCAAGAACAGGGUGAAGCGCACUGGCGAUGGCUCGCAUCAUCUGUGGGGCUGGGGUGACAAGAACCAACCCAAAGAAGAAAUUGAGGCUGCUAUUAGGAUUAAUCCUAAGGAUGAUUAAUUUGCAAAGAAUGAUUUCAAUGUGGAAAACCCACAAUAAAGUGUUAAAUAUUACUAGAUUACUAAAUAUUUAUAGAUUUAGAAUCUGUUUAUGAAAUAAAUAGACACGUUAGUAGUAGGUACUUGUGACGCAUACAUUUUAUCACCUAAAUAAAUUGCGAUCUUAUAGAUGAAGCACAUUGCCAUUGCAUACUAAGUAGCUAUUAACUUCCUUACGGCGUCUUCCUUAGGCGCAUCUAUGUUAGGACAGAACUCGAGGCUGUGACCUCGUUUUGAUCGGCUUGUUGUUCCAUGCAAAUUAAUUGAUAUCGUCAUUUCAGCAGCUUAAAUUACACCCCUAUGUCUUCCUUUUCACCAUAAUUAUUAAUAGGUCACCUAAGUGUUUAUCACUUUUUAGCACCCAUUCAGUUUCAAAUAGUAUGUUAACUAUUUAAAAAUAUUUCAUAUACACUAUAGUUACAAGUAAAUAAAUGUCAGCAAGCUACUUUAUGUGAUACAAAUAAUUUGAUAAAGGCAAC